AUGGUGGGUGCUUAUGUGAGGAUGCGACAGCAACAGAAGCGCGAUGAGGGUAGCAAGAGACAUUUUACCCAUACUUCGCCCAGGACUCUGCUUGGAAUACUUCGAUUAUCACAAGCCCUGGCAAGGUUGAGAUUCAGUGAUCAAGUGGUCACGGAAGAUGUUGACGAGGCACUCAGACUUGUAGAAGUCAGCAAAGCCAGUCUUUACAACGAUUCAAGGAGCCAAGGCGACCAAAGCAAUAGCACCAAGAUUUACAACCUCAUUCGGGGUAUGAGAGACAGUGGUGCUGCUGCUGUUGGUGAUGGAAGUCGCGGAGAGCUGAGCAUUCGAAAAAUCAGCGAAAGAGUGAUCGCCAAAGGCUUCACUCAGGAUCAGCUAGAGCAAGUAAUUGGGGAGUAUGAAUUGCUCGACAUCUGGCAGAGAGCUGCGAACGGGACGCGGCUCGUGUUCAUCGAGGCCGGAGACACUGACGAUGAGAUGAAUAUGUAG